AUGCCGACAGGAAUAGCUCGUUACUGGGAUUCACUAGAGAGCGACGAGUACCUCGAACCUUGCUACUCGCAUAACGGAAGUGCUCACAAACUGGACGAUUGCCAAAAGCAGUGGCUGUCCGAACUGAGCGUCUCAGCUGAAAAUGAAUGUCAAUCAAUCCUUUACGCCAAAUCUUUGCUUGACGAUGCAAGAGAUUCCGCCCCAGUGAUACAAGAAGUGCCAUCUGUUCGAACUGUCCAAAAUGGCAGUGUUGAAAAGAAAUGCAAUUCGCUCUCGUCAUCAACUGGUAACCUAACCAUCUCGCCUCGGCUUCGCAAAAAAUCUUCGCGUCAGAAACAAAGCAAAAAUGGCACUAAUGGUCUCCCAUCAUUCCCUAACUUCACUCCGAUGCACUCUACCCUCGAUCUGAUAGAAUUGUAUAAAUUUCACGAAGACUGCACAUCCCCUCAUUUAUCCAGUGGUCACGCCAGCUGCAUCCACUUAAACGGCGAUGCCGAACCGGAGGCGUCGGCACGGGAUCCGCUGUUAGCAGAGACUUUUUCGAGUGACUACACGAGCCCUCAGCCCGACUACAGAUGCCCGGAAAACUCGGGCACCGAACUCAGCAGCAGCGAGCCGUGCAGCAGUGCUCAGACCAGGCAACCACCAGCGUACGAUCAGCUACGAAUCAAAGUUGGACGAAAUGGUUUCGCUCGACUAAUAGUGAAUAAAAGCUCUACCCAGCGACAUCCGACACCAGUGAAUCGAGACGAGCCUGAGCAAACGCACGAAUUCGCCAGAAUGAGCUGUAGUCAGCAGCCGUCAGAGGUCUCCCGGGUCCCGCCCCACGCCCCCUCUUCACCCAAAAGCAUGCAUUCGGAUAGCACCCUUAGCGUCGAUUCCGGUCAAUGCUCAGGUGACGUCGCUCUAACCUCACAGCAUUCUUUUUCUUCGUCAAGAGAAGAACGUGAGGACAGAGAGGUAUUUGAAGAGACUUCAUCUAUCUUCCAUGUUUACCAGCAACGAUGUCUUCCUGGAUAUGCUCGAAUUGCCAGCACAAUGGAUCAUAUUCUCCGAACUGCCUCAUCAAUACAUUCGCUGUUAUCCGGUCCUUCCAAUCCGAGCACGGCCAGGGAACUCCUUACAAAAACAAAUCUCUUCAUUCAAAUAGUGGAAGCUAGCCCUUGUGCUCAGCAUCUACCUAAAUAUGAUACGAAUGUCGUAAAACUGCAGAUUAAUGAUCUUGAACGAGAAUCUGCAGAAACUGGAAUGCCACUCACUAUUACCAAUUACUUUACGAUUGUUGUGAGGAAAAUGCUCGAACAAGUGUUACAGAUAUUCUGCAAGAUCAUUACGCGGUAUCUGACAGAAUGCGGGAACAAGGAUCGGUUAGUGCUUAUUGCGCUGGAGCAUCUGAUCCAUUUGGUACUGUUUGGGGAUGAACUCUGCCUGGAGGCCAUACAGUGUGGUGCUCUUCAUUCGGUCCUGAAACUCGUCCGACAGCCUUCAACGCCGCCGGACACCUGCAAGCUAUUACUUCGAGCAUUGGCUGUUCUUUGUGGGGUCUCCAAAGGUUGCUUGUCUCUAUUAGCGCUCGGUGGUCUCGAUGUCGUGUUAUCGCACCUCUCUGGGAACCAAGUUGCAGUGUCUAUAGAAGCCUCAGGAGUUCUGACGCAACUCACAAAUCCUCAACAUUCAUUCGUUCAGCUGCACAACGUUGGACCUAUUUUGAUUCGGUUGCUAGACCUCAUCGAUACUUGUAAUACCGGUGAAACACUGCUUCUGGUGUCAGCAGCUCUGUCAAAUGUUUCUCUACAAGAUCCACAAGCAGUAGAUAUUCUUUAUCAGAAUAAUGCCAUCAUUCGACUCAUCAAUGCCUACAACAGGCAGGACUGUUCAACUAUUUUUGUGCAAGAACAAAUCGUUACUGUUCUAUCUCGGUUGGCAGCUCGGCGCUAUGAAGAAGCACUCGUGUCACAAGGAGCUGUUCCGAUGUUGCUGGAGAUGCUUACAGUAACUGACACUCAACAUUCCGAUUACUGUCGACGCAUUCGGUACAAGGCAGCAGUCUGCAUUGGAACUCUUGCAGCCACCGGUGUCGGCCUCAAAGCGCUCUAUGUCAAUCAAGCUUAUGCGAUCCUCACAAACGUUCUGCAGAUGGAGAGUUCACCAGCAAAUCCGUUGAAUAUGAUCUGCACGAACAUUCGCAAUCGUCUUGAAAGCAAGUACCAGAUCGAAAGUGCUGUAUAACCACACUCAAUUAUGCAUGCCUUUUUCCUGAAGGCUAGCGUUGCAUUUGUCAUCUGUCUUGCCGAAUUUCCCAUAUGCCUGUGUACAGAACAAUUAUCGUUACAUUUUAUGGAGUUUUCACUUAUCAAUCUGUAUAUAAUUAAUUACAAUCAGAUAACUCGAGAUAUAUCAAGGAAUAAAACAUU